GUGCCCUGUUGCGGGCGGGCGGGCUGGCGAGGGUGGAGUUCACUGCUCGUCCUGCUCGCUGCCGAGCGGCAUGCACGAGAAUCUCCCACAUUAUGGCUGCUCAUAAUGGUUGCCCCUUUUCCCCUUCUUCUUUCCAGUACACUCUCCGAAGAUCGGCGUUGCCCCGGGCCUCCCUCCACUCGCCCCGCCCAAUUCACUCCUAGCCUAGCUCGGAGCUGUCGAGUCCCCUCGAGCAGCCGGCGUUUGUUCCGAGCGCGCCUUCAAAGCAGAUCGACGGCGUCCUUUACCGUCGGACCUUAUCCUCAAGAUUUCUACAAUUCUGAGAAUUCUACAAUCCCCACGAACAUGAAGACAUGAAUGUGAACAUGGACGGAAAACCCGUCCAAACCAUCCUCCGAAUUUGUUAUAGAAGCGAGAAGCGAGCACUGGCUCAUUCGUUCUGUGGGGAGGCCCCUGCGAUCGAUCUCGCAGAGUGACGAGCACGCAUGGGAGGUGACAAUGGGAGACCUGUCGUGGGAUGGUAAGCGGAAGACGACAUGCAGCGAGAAAGGCAGUAUUUUUCCAGGCUCUACAUGAUUGAGAAUAUCUCUCGUUGGGUAAAGCGGGAUCGACUGGAUGGGGAAUGUGGAGCUCAAUGACGACCGGACGUGUAGUGCCAUGCAGAGCACAUUCUGAGCUCGAUGUUGGUUGCGGCUGGUGGCUGAAAUGCGGUCCUGUGGUUGAAGAUAAGUGGUGAGCUGUGAGCAUCUGGAGCAUCUUGAGCUUCUGGAUGACUACCAUGGCACAUUCAUUUCAGGCGGCUGGCUCUAGCUCUGGCUCUGGCUGCAGGGAAGGCAAAUUUCUCCCGAGCAAAAGAACUUUCUCCUCUGGAAUUUCUCUCCUCUUCUUCCUUUCUUCCUUUCUUCCUUUCUCCCUUUCGAUGCUUUUGAGCUGCGAAAACCGCAAGUAGGUACGGAGAAUUUGUUGGGUCCACAAGAGGAAAAUGCUGGUCCCGGCCCCACGGAGAGAACCUUCCGGCUCCUUGGCAUCGUCGAUCGACUGCGGGUCCCGCCUCGCUCACAACUGUUUGCAAGCUUUCAUCUUUAUCGACGCAAUCAGAGUGCCGAGGAGGGCUUUAUGCCUUGUCGAUUUUUUCGCAGGUGGGGCCUGAAAGCUUGUGCCAGUUGUUGCCACUGCACAGAUGAUGCUCGCGAACCAUUGUGGGACAACGUCGGCACCGGACGUCGUAGCCUUGUCGCUCCCCCCUGAAUAUGUACAGGAGACUUGUCAGAGCCAAGCUCCUGCUCUCCUUUUGCGCUUGGCUUCGGGGGUUUCAGAGAGACGCCAUUUUGUCCUGCUUUGUUGUGCUGCUCAGAGCCUGGUGAAGGUACUUGCCUGCAGUUCAUUAUCAAUUUCCGUCUUGUUCCUCUGGAUAUCAGUCCACAUAACUUUUUCGAGGUCAAGCUUGAACUCCAAAACCACCCACUCCUGUUCGAAUUGCUGCAGUUUUCUGAAUGGAACUCAUGCACAGCCUUCUGCCGUCACUCACUUACCGCAGAGUGUGAUGAGUCAUUCUUGUAGGAGAUUUUGAUGGAGGGCUUGUCUCUGUACGUGCUAACCUAAGUCUAGGGAUGUGGUCGGGUUUAGACCUGCUCUACUGGCAUGAGGUACGUGAGUGUGGGAGUAACAAAUAUACAGGAAGGGAGUUAAAGCUCUAUUGUGUAUAUUGGUACUGAAACCGUACAGGUCAGUAGAAAGUGGAGUACGACAAUCAGGAAAUUAUCAAACUUCAGAUAGAAGUCAUUACUCAUGAUCUUUCACCGACCUUGUUCGCCGGUCUCGUGGACCGAUCGGAGUGCAGAAUGCAUCGAUCGAGUUUGAGAUGAUUUCUGUAGUCAGAGAGAUAUGGAUAACACCUUCCAGAUCUCUCUCCUCUGUAUGUUUGAAGGGACGGGAAACCAUCGAUAAUCCAGUAAGUUAAUACUUACUGAAGAGGCUCUGUUUAUUUAUCCACUGGCCUUUCCUAAUAAUAGUCAUCCACCUACACCGAUCAGAAGCAAAUGGAUUUCAGAAAGGCCGAUUUCCAACAGGUCCAGGAGGACUCCAUUGUGGACUGGACCCCUUACAGUCUUAAGGCGAAUCAAACGAACCGUGGCGACAGAGUCUAGCGAGGAGUUCUUAGCAUCAUUGGAACAAGACAUCCAGGCAUCCUUCGUUGAUAUGGUUAUGGGGUCUUUUGCACCUAAAUCAAUUUGUCACGAUUGCACCACGGCUGUGCGUUCUCUUCCAAAGAACUGAGAUGCACACAGUCACAUCAAGUGACUGCACAGCUGAUGCCCACUCGGUUAUGUGGAGCAGAUAAAUUUGAAGCACUGGGUAGUUAGGAAGUGCAAAUGCAUACCUGUGCUGCCGAUGCAUGUUCUGAAUUGACUCUUGUUCUUGCUCCACUGACUCUUGAAAUUCUCCUGAAGAGGCUGAGGAUACAAAGUAAUAUAACGAGACAAGUAUUUCGUACGUUCAGAUGUAUCAGACUGCUUCUCAGGUUUCUGUUAGGACAACUUUGUCGCCGUGUAUGUCAUUCAAGUAGAUGAAGACAUAAGGCAUACUUCUUCAUCAAUCGGUGAAACUGAACUUACGAUGGAACUCCCAUUACAGAGAUCUUCGACUUUCAGGGUCAGAAAGAUCACAUCAGAGUUGACGACAGACAGAACUGUAGUCCACCUCUUCUGAAAUUGUGCUUAUGAACGUCCAAGGAAAGGUUAAAAGCUCGAUCAGUCAGAGUAGGUCCGGCGUCCUCCAUGCAUGUGUCAGAAACCAGAGGUCAAGAGUGAACAUUUUGAGGGGUUUCGAAGGCAAAUUUAUGUCCCUAGAACGAAGUCUAGAUCGAAGUUCGAGUAAAGAUCAGGUCUUACGCCGUCAUCUGUGUCCUCAACAUUUAAAUUUCCAACUUGUUCUACGACUUCAGAACCCGCGGUUGUCGGUCCGAGACUGAAGCAGCGCUUGUAAGAUGAUUGUCAAUAUGAUGACCCUUUCACGUGGCGGAUUGGAGAAAGAUGGGAAUGUAGUCUUCCGAACUAAAAUUAGAGAUCCGUCGAGAGGUUUACAGCUCUGCGCUCAUGCCUCUGAUCCGAUGGAAUUGAUCCUUUCUUUCAGAUAUCAGAAGGUACAAGUAAUCCGAGAUUUUUUUCUCUGCACGCAAUUACUGCUCCCUUCUGUGUCCUGCUGUGAUCCAGUUUCUCGCCUCCUUCAAUUAACUCGCUGCAGCUUUCACGAGUAAUUGGGUGAUGUCGACCGCUCAUGAGAUUUCGACAAUGACGAAGCGGAGAAAGGACAAACCUUGAACUCAACGAUUCAGGUGAAAUGCUCUGCAGUAGUUAAAACUCUGCCAGAAUGCUGAAGAAGCAUCAGGAGCAUUGGAAGGGCGUCUUGUUUCGGAGCUCAGUGGUGACACUGAUAUGUCCAAUUAUCCUCAGAGCAUGUGGAUCUCAUGCUCCAGAUUUGUGUUCUUGCUUGCUUCUUGGGAACUAGCCACAACUGUCACGAAGUUGCUCAGAUAGCCCUGAGCAGGAAAACAAGAUCGAACUCAAAUGGAUCCGGAAGCAGCAAGCCGCAAGCAGCAGAGUCUUUGGAGAAGUUCAGAAGAUGUCUGCUACAUGGCGCGAGAUUCGUAACAAGGCUGCUGCUUCAGGAGAAGGUAUGAGAAGGUAUGAUGACGUGCAUGAGAGGGUACUGUCUGUCAGUCGGGGAGAUCGUCGUUUGUCUCUCCUGGGUGCAGCAAAAUGCAAGGAACCGAGUUGUCAUGCAUACAAAUGUCGGAGAAAAACAGCCCAUGAUGUUGCAAAGAUCCAGCAGAUUCGUACUCUCAGAUCCUUUGCAACCAGUCUACCAAGAGAGUGACAAAGUAGCAGCAGAGGUGUUCGGAAGCUUAGUCGUCAGGACAGGUAGCUGCUCUGUCCAUCUGUCUGACAGUCUGUUCUCUUCAUGUAAUCCGUCUCGCCACAGUGGAGAUCCUCUGACACAACUACAUGGAUUUCAGUUUCGAACAGAUGCUAAUUAUUGUAGAGCUGCGUUGACAAUAUGUCGGGACUGCGCAACUGGACGCACUUCCCUCCCGUCACUCAUUGCAGUCCUGAGUGUACUCUGUACACACUGUCCAGACGUUUAUCCAACAACAUUUGCUCGCCCUGAGCUGCGGCUGUGAUCUCCCGAGCUGAGCGAAAGGUGUAAGAAAUUAUGUGCAUUUCCAGCAUCCAGUGCCUAUUUUGUUUGAAAGUUGUGAGUUCGGGGAGUACUCGUCUCUGGGAAAUGUGGAUGUAUCUCCUGGGCAUGCACUUGUCUCUCUCUAGUGCCUCCUGCCAUGACAAUAAAGCAUCUCUGCUUCUAAUUUCGGAACUGCGCUUCACUGUACUGCACGGAUGGGGCAUCAUGCACGGCCAAAUCCUCCUUAUCAUCACCCGAAAGCUUGACGCGAUGCCACCGAAAGACGACCGUAAGCAUCGAUCGUAUAUGCUCUCUCUCUCGUCUUCAGAGUCCAUUGGAUUCCAUCCAAAAUCAGUCACGUU